GCAAUAAUUUGCUGUAAUUUGAAAAAAUACGAAUUAUGCUAUACAUAUAUAUGUAACACUCGUACGCCAAUUAGAAAACAUGUUGUCGGCUGAUCGCAAUUACAUUUCGCCAGUGAUUAUAUUUACCAGUGAUUGCGUCUGGAGAAUGAGAGAAAAGUAUAUGGCAUACAUGCACAGAUAUGGACACUCAUACACAUAGAUAUAUAGUUAUGUACAUAUACACGAACAAUUUUCCAACAAAGGAACGAUUCGGACAAGAGACAAGAGAGGCUGACAAUGAGUAUAUCAGAGUUUCUUAUCAUCUAAUUCCUAAUUAUUACAACAUUAAAUAAAGCGACUUUGGAAUUAAAUCCGCUUGCAAACCGUUUUAUCAAGCAUUCGUUACUGUGUUUACUGCCUAGAGAGUAUUUAGUUUUUGACGAACAUUAGAGAAGAUAUUAUGGAUCGAAAUCUACAAAAAUGGAGACAUUAUUUACUCGUGCAACCGCCCCUAAUACUGCUAUUGAUCUCUUUGUCGAUGUCAGGUACUGUUUUCACAGAUUUGUUAGUAUAUCGCACAUGCCUUGUAACAUUGAAAUUAAACGAAACGGAGUGCCUUAUGUUUCAUACCAAUAGCACUAGCAAGGAGGCGCUCAAAAUUAAUGGUUUGGCCCAACCGUAUGUGAGCAACAUUUUGAUGGGUAAAUCCUUCAUAGAAAGCAUUACCCCAUCACUCCUAAUGUUAUUUCUGGGUCCGUGGAGUGAUAAGUAUGGCAGGAAGCCUCUUCUAUUUUCCGGAUAUAUAAGUGUAUCUUUAACUUAUAUUCUACUCUCUAUAAUGGCUAGUUGGGAUAUUGUACCUUGGUAUUUCCUGAUAGCCUAUAUUCCUGUUGGUCUUUUUGGUGGCCUAAGCGUAUUGAUAUUAGCUUCAACGUGUUACAUCACUGAUUUAAUAGACAGUAAAGAGCGGGCAUGGCAUUUAGCCGUUUUACAAGCGUUCAUCUCUCUCGGUCUAUUAAUUGGAUUGCUUUCUGGUCCAGCGAUAUUUGUCACAUGCGGUUACACUGCUGUAUUCAGUGUUGCAACUGUGCUCUGCAUUCUGGCAACAUUGUACAUAUUACUUUUUGUCCCGGAAACUGUACGGAGUCAAACUUCCGGUAUCUGCAAUGUAUUUGACUUAACGUUAAUAAAAGAUCUUAUUGAUACGUGUGUUAAGAAGAGAUAUGGAUUCAAUAGAUCGUUAGUCUGGAGCUGCGUAGCUUGUCUUACAUUUCUCUUGAUUGUUUUUGAAGGCUCGAUCAGUAUCGAAUAUCUGUUCGUAAGCGCGCGGCUUGGCUGGACUAUACAACAGUAUUCUGUUUAUAAUGCUGUAGAUAUUGUAGUGCAAGUGCUUGGUACAAUAUUUGGUAUCAAAAUAAUGCGGAAAUAUGCAGGAUUUCCAGAGACUGUAAUUGCUAUGGUAUCUAUUAUAUCGUCUUUUGGUAGUGUCUUGGCACGUGCCUUUACAUGGUUGUCUUGGCAUAUGUAUUUAGCAAUAGUUCUAGGAAUGUUUGGUGACAUAUCUCGACCGAUGAUACGUGCUAUAUUAUCCAAGGCAGUACCUGUGCAAGACGCAGGGAAGGUUUUCUCUGUGGCUAUGGCUCUAGAGACACUGUUACCAUUUGCAGCAGAUUCUCUGUAUACUUUUCUGUACUCCCACUACAUGCCACCUCUAUAUCCUCUUCCAGUGUGGUUUUUAUCGGUAGUAUUUUACGUCAUAACUAUUGUGAUAUUAAUAUAUAUUCAAAUACAAGUAAUAAAAAACACCACAGUGUCUUAUAUUCCAAUAACAGAAGAUAAUAAUGACUCGUCGAUAUCUUAUCAAGAAGACACAAAUACAAAUAUUCCUGCUCAAUAAAUCAAAUAAUUAGCUAAAUGUG